CACAGAGACAGUAAACGAUUGCGUUCUCUGGGUUCUUUCCAUGAGCGCGCGGGUUUUGUUAACAUUUGUAACAUCUAAUUUCUGAUAUUCUUCAGUGCUAAACAAUUGCAUUACAUUUUAUGCGAUGGACUAAAUUAUUGCUGUUUUUUCUACUUCAACAUGCAACAGUACCGCGGAUGGAUUGACACUGGAUAACUUGUAUCUGACAACAAACAAAUGUAAUGUAAUGCCACACAAUCUAUUUUAACAGUAUUUCAAAUUUUAGGGAAUAGGUGCUAACUGUAUGCAGUGGAAGAUGUGGGGAUUACCCAGAACGCGAUAUGCUGACUGCAGUGGCUCGGAAUCCAGUGAAGAAAUGGAAAUUGUUGUGAAUAUUGGCGGCGUAAAACAUGUUCUGCCUGGGGACAUAUUGAACCGCUAUCCAGAGACUUUACUGGGUGAGCUGGCGACUAAUUCGUCGCAAAGCUUCGAUACUGUUGCCUCACUUUGCGACGAUUACGACCCCGGAAAAGGAGAGUUCUAUUUUGACAGAGAUCCAGAUCUGUUUCGAAGUAUCGUCGAAUUGUAUUACUAUGGGGAGAUCCAUAUGAAACGUGGAAUCUGUCCCGUGUUUUUCUUGAAAGAGAUGGAGUUCUGGAAAAUCGACCCAGAUUUCCUGGAUGAGUGUUGUAAGGGCUGUCUGAAAGAGGUAGAGGGAGAAUUGUCUGAGAUUGCCGACAAAGUUAAAUUGAUCCUGGACGAUCUGGAAGGGGAUCCCGGUGCCAACCGUUGGCAAAGGUGCCAAACAUUCGUGUGGAAGUUGAUAGAGAAACCCGAGUGCUCACUACCUGCCCGUAUCAUCGCGAUCUUGUCAUUCAUCUUCAUCCUCCUCUCCUCAAUGGUGAUGUGCGUGGGGACCAUCCCUGACCUCCAGACGCAGGACGCCGAGGGGAAUAAUGUAGAACACCCAAUCCUAGAGGCCAUUGAGACUACCUGCAUCGUUUGGUUCACUGUUGAGUACAUUUUACGCCUGGUGUCAUCCCCUAAUAAAGUUGACUUUCUCCUGUCCAUAAUGAAUAUCAUCGACUUUCUGGCAAUUAUACCCUUCUACGUGGUGCUAACUCUGACCUACCUGGGCAAUGCAGUGCUAGAACUGUCGAACGUUCAACAAGCGGUACAGGCGCUACGCAUCUUGCGCAUAGCCCGCAUCUUCAAGCUGGCACGCCACUCCUCAGGGCUACAGACGCUCACCUACGCACUCAAGAAGAGUUUAAAAGAGCUCGGUCUCUUGCUUAUGUACAUGGGCAUAGGUAUAUUCCUUUUCUCGGCGAUGGGCUAUACUUUGGAGCAAAGUCACUCGGAAACCAUGUUCACGAGUAUCCCUCAGUCUUGCUGGUGGGCCAUUAUCACGAUGACAACUGUGGGUUAUGGCGACAUAUAUCCCAAGACAACCCUAGGCCGUUGCAACGCUGCCGUUAGUUUCCUGUGUGGGGUGAUCGCUAUCGCAUUGCCUAUCCACCCCAUCAUCAACAACUUUGUCAUCUGUUACAAUAGGCAAAGCAUGCUUCAUAAUGCAGCUAAACAUGAACUUGAGCUAAUGGCGCUGCAGUCAGAGACGGUCCGUCUGGGGGAUGCGUCUCCGAAGUCGCUGAAAUCUUGUGGUGCAGUGAAUUUUUCUCAGAGCGAUGCUUACAUCCCACUCCUUGAGGACCCUUCACAGGGAGCGUCACUGACAACCAAUAAAGAUGAAGAUGAUUCGACUCAAGAGUAAAAAUGAGACUUUUAAGCUUUAAAGCAGAGCACAGCUUAACGUCUGAGACAGCGAUAAGUUUAGGAUAACUUGUUUUGAUUUUAUGAUUUAAAGACACUGCCUUGAAUGAGAACCACAGAGCUUAGCAUCUAAACCAUUACCAUUUAUCUGGCGAAAGAAAACGUAUCCAACUGAAGUGAAGGGCUGUGACGAGCCUUUACGUUCACUCCAGGUAUUCAUUAAAUGUUUUGUUAAAAUAAAAAAUGAAAUUAUCUCGUGGGCAAUAUUGAGACUGUGUGAGAUCGAUUCAGUACUCUAUUCAUGAAUUUAUUUAUGUAUUUAUUUUGUAAUAACGCAUAAGUCUAUGAGUUCGAAAGGACAUUCAAUUAUCCCAACACCUUUGACGUGUUGAUUACUAUUUCGAAAUUCCCUUUUGGCGUAUUAUACUCUGUAGUACGCAUCUUAUAAAGCUGUAGCAAACAACAUAAAAUGCGUGCUUAUGUUUGUCCAAAACCCGGGGAAACCUCAGCAAAUUAUAGCUGAGAAAAUAAAUACCACGAUUGAAUGCUAAAUGAUAAUCCUACAUGCCGUAAGAAAGGUAAACUAAUGUAGGAUUAGAUGCCAUGCAUUUUUUAAUAUGGCGGAUGGUCUUUAUUUUUGUAAAAUGUAUAACAAAUUUGACAGGUCCUGGAGCAUCAUGAACACCAUUCCUUACCACGAUAUUUAAACAAAACAAUGCACACAAUGAGCUUAGAUUUCCAUUUUCACUGAAAAAUUAAACUUUUGAAUGUAAUUCACUUAUGAUUAUCUGCUUAUAUAAGUACACAUAUCAUAUAAUGAAUAUAUUAUAUUAUAGACAAGUUUAUACUAUUUAAAGUAUUUUUAAUCAUGAAAAAACUUGAACGGUGUAUUUAAAUUUAUAUUGAAUGGGAUGUUGAUAAAUGCUUGCAUGUAAAGGCCUCAUAUGUUUUUGGCUAAAUGACACUUCCCUGAAAUAAAGUUAAACUGUCUUC